AUGACUGGUACAGAGUUUGAAAAGAAGCCUGAGGAAGAGGUUGUUAGUGUACCUGAAACAGAGAAUGAAGUCCCCCUGGUGGUCAGACCUAAGGUUAGGACCCAAACUCAGGUAAUGACUGGAGCAAGGCCUAAAACCAAGACCAAAGUUAUUCCUGGAAUAUGUUCUACAGCUGAAACAAGGGCAGUGGGUAGGGCAUAUACUAAGACUAAAAUCAAAACGAUUCCUGGGUCAAGAUCCAAAGAUGAUGCCCAUGUGUGGGCUCUGAGUGAGUUUGGGACUGAGUCAAUGUCAAUGACAGAGCAAGAUUUGCGGACCAAUGCCGUAAUCUCUCCAGUAGUCCGUACUGAUUCUGAGUUGGUUGCUAAAACUAAGUGCCUUUUUAUGGAUAGAGAAUUGGUUAAUAUAGACAAUGAGACCUUUCCUGGAAAGAAUGUUAAUUUGCAAGUAGGAUUCCAACCUUCAUUGGGGUCAGGAAAUACAACUGAUACUGAGACCUGGAGUUUCCCCAGGCUUUUAUCGAAACCAGACCCCUCUCACAAUUCUGUGAAUUCCUGUUUCUGGAGUCAAGAAGAGGUCAAUGUAGAAUUUCAUCCGAAGAGCAGGGUAAAGACUGGUACCACAUACAGGCACAUGCCCAAACAAGAGGCAGCUGACUAUUUCAGGCACAAAAACAAACAGGAUCUUUAUAUUGUGUCUAGUAGUUUUGGUUCCAAUGAUGAGUCUGCUAAGAUAUCCUGGUUUAGUGCUAAAUCAAAGACCAAUUCUUUGUCCAGGUCCAGGGAAGAGGUCAAUAGCAAGUCCUGCUUUAGUCCUAAGAGAAAAGACAAUGUUGAAUUCAGUUCAGGAUUUGAGUGUGAAAAUGGUAUGAGGUCCUGGUUCUGGGAUAGAGAGGAGACCAAAUACAAGACUGUACCUAGAGCCAGAAAAGAGACCAAUGAGAGAGCCCAACAUAGUCACAAGCAAGACACUUGCAUUGAUGUAAUGUGUGAGCCUACAGAUGUAAUAAAAAAAGAGUCUUGGUUCUGUGCUGAAGAAAGAGGUAAUACAUUUUUAAGGUGUAAUACCACAAGAGAGGCCAAAGUGCAAAUAGCGGAAAAGGAAGAAGUCAGAACUAGGCUCAAACCACAAGAAAGGUCACAGAAAACAGCCUUCAUUGGGACCUGUUUCUGGACUACAGAAGAGUCCACCCUGAUGAAUAUGGCCAGCAUAAAUUCUAAUCCACAAUUGGAGGAUGAGUCCAUUGUUGGUAGUUGGUUCUGGAAUGAAGAAGAGGUCAGUAUGGAGACUGGGCGCAGCAGCAAAUCCAGACCAUCAGUUAAGGAAGAGCUUGUUAACAAUUCCUGUCUAGGGGCUGGGAAGAAAACCAGUAUGGAAAUUGGGGCUGAGGUUACCUCUCAAUCUGUGCCAGUGGCUAAUGAUGAAGAGAUCAUUGUUAGUUCCUGGUUCUGGGCUGAUGAAGAAGUCAACGCCAGGUCCAAAGAAGAGGCAAUUUUUGGACCUUGGUUCUGGAGCACAGAUGAGACCUGUUUAGAAUCUGGUGUGGACGUUAGCUAUAAAUCAAGACCAAAGUCUGAGGGAGAAAUCAUAAGUCCUUGGUUAUGGACUAGAGGAGACAGUAUAGAUGCUGGGGUUGAAGAAGAGAGUAGCCAAGGGUCUGAAGAUGAGACAAUAUUUUUAUCUUGGUUUUGGUCUGAAAACCAGCCUCAUAUGGAUUCUGUGAUGGAAGCCAGCUGUGAUGUGCCCCAAACUAAGGAGGAGGAGGAGGAUUCCCAGUUUGAGUCCUGGUUCUGGGCCAGAGUAGAUCCAUGUGAGGAGGCUACAGUCAUUAACAAGUCAAGCCUGGAGCAUGAAGAUGCCAUUAUACCAUCUUUGUUUGUAGCUAGAGAAGAAGCCAGUAUGAAGUUUGGAUUUGGUGCAAGAUGCAAAUCUGUGGCUGAAGCUGAAGAAUCUAAUAGUAAGUCUUGCUUCUGGGCAGAAGAACCCUGUUUAUAUCAUGCCAACAGAGAAAGCCAGAAGCUCAGAUCAGAGGAGGAAGAGGACACUGCUGAUUCAAGGGUCUGGUCUAGAAAAUUCACACAACCAGAGGCCCUUGUGGGAUCCUGGUUAUGGGCUGUGGAUGAAUGCAGUACAGAUUAUGAGACUAGACAAAAGACCAUGUUAGCAACUGAAGAGAAGAUCAUGAUCACGUCCCAGUUCUGGAAAGAAUAUAAAGACACUAUUAUAGAGGCUACUGACAGAAAGGAGUCCAGGCCAGAAGAUGAAGAGGAAGACAUUGAUUCUUGGCUCUGGCCUGAGGAAGAGGAUAGUCUUGAGGCACAAACUGAGGGUAGAGAAGAAGGUAGCAUAAGAGUUGAAGAGAAGGAGGAAUCUGUUUUGGAGUCCUGGGGUAAGCAAAAGGCAAUUACAGAGCCUGGAUUCUGUAGCAAAUAUAGUUCCAAAGCUGAUGUGGAGGAAGUCAUUGUUGGGUCCUGGUUCUCGGAACAAGAAACCAGUCUGGAGACAGUUAAUGCAGAUAUCUUUGAGUCUAAGACUGGAACUGAGGAGGAGGAGGUCAUUGUUGGGUCCUGGUUUUGGCCUGAAGAAGCUGAUAGAGAAGCUGAGUCUCAGGCAGUAGAUGAAACCCAGUCAAGAAGUGAAGAAAUAAUUUUGGGGUCCUGCUCUUGUGCUAAAAAAGAAGGCAAUAUAAAAUCAGGGAUGUGCUGUGUGCCAGAGCAAGCAUAUAAUGAGGAAAUGAUUGUUGAGUCCUGGUUCUGGUCUAAAGUCAAGACCAUUAAGGAAGUUGGAACUGUAGAUACCUGCGAGUCCAGGUCACGAGAUGAUAAAGGGGAAGUUAUUGAGUCUUGGUCUAGAGCUACAGAUGAAGUAAAUAAUCAGACUGGUGAUAGAAACAGCUGUGAGUCUAAGAAAUCACUUGAGGAGGAGGAGGACAUAGUGGGGUCCUGAUUCUGGGUGGGAGAUAAGGCCCAUUUUGAAUCAAAUCCUAGCCCUGUGUACAGGGCCACUUCUGAGGCCUGGGGUUCAGUUAAAGAAGAACCUGAACCUGCACAUAGACCUCAGAGCUGGGGGGAGAUCACUGUUCAGUUCAAACCUGGUCCAUGGGGUAGACUUGGCUUCCCAUCCCAAAGCCCUUUUAGAUUUCCAAGAGAAGCAGCACCUCUCUUCUCUGAAACAUUUGGGGAAGACAGGCAUGUGGAGCUUGAAAAUGAAGAACAAGAAUAUUUGCAUAUUGAACCUUCAUUCUCACUUAGUUAUGAUCUAUCCUACCAGUCAGUCCAAGAAAUUUGCAAGUGUCUUAUGGCCAAAAAGAGUGCAGAGCCUGAGAGCUGGUUCUGCAGCUGCAUACAUUGUGAACUUAGAAUUGAUUCUGAAGAAUUUGAAGAGCUCCUUUUAUUAAUGGACAAAGUUCAGGACCCUUUUAUUUAUGAAAUUUGUAAAAUUGCCAUGGGUAAGAGACGGGCUUCUCAGUUUAUCCUAGAUUUUAUUCAUGAAUCAGGUGUUGUCUCACUUAUUGACACAAGGUUUCUGAAAGAUAUGAUUCUUACAGCUCCAUCUUACCCAAAUCUAAACAUGAUUCAGACAUUUGUAUGUCAAGUAUGUGAGGAAACUCUUGCUUACAGUGCGAAUUCCCCUGAGCAACUGUAUGGAUUAAGGAUAAUUAGAUAUCUCAGUACUGCUAUUGAAUAUCACACACUGGUUGCCAAUUAUAUGUCAGGAUUUCUUGCUUUACUAGUGACAGGCAAUAUCAGAACAAGAUUCCGUGUUCUAGAAAUGCUACUGAACUUGUCUGAAAAUUUUGUCAUGACAAAAGAACUACUUAGUGGUGAAGCAGUGUCAGUGUUCAUGGGUUUGUUUAAUAGAAAAGAGACAAAUGGCAAUAUUGAAACUGUUGUUGAAAUAUUUGAAAAUAUUGGCAGCAACAUCAGAAUAGAGGUAGAAUUCCCUGAUGAUGAUUUUAGUCUUAAGCCCCUUAUUCCUGCAUUCCACAAAAUUAAGAAACUUGCCAAGCAACUGCAAAGCAAAAUAGACAAUCAGAAUAAUCCUGAAGCAGACCAAGAAAAUCAUUCUGAUUAG